AUGUCAGAUCUUGUUAAUCUCACGCAGACCUUGGAAGAUGCCUUUAAGAAAGUCUUUACCAAAUACAUGAACGGCUGGCACAUGAAUGAAACAAAGGCAGAGAAGGCCUUGGGCGACAGACUGGCAGCAGAGAAUUUCAACAACGUUGCCUGGUACCUGAUGGUCAUGAUUGGGAUAUUUUCCUUCAUCAUCGUGGCGAUCCUGGUGAGCACGGUGAAAUCCAAACGGAGGGAGCAUUCCGACGACCCUUACCACAGGUACAUUGAGGAGGACUGGACUGCCAAGCUGAAGAAUCAGAUCUUAAUCAUGGAAAACCCAAUGGCGAACUGAGAGCUC